ACCCUCACUGAGACUGAGGCGUGUUAACAAACCAGAUCCACAGGGAAGUAAAGCAGAGGUCUCCAGAGUGUUUAACAGCCGCUGAAUUACAAUAGAAAAGAUACAUCCAAAAUUGCUGUAUUCUUUAUGAGAGAUAUUCAGUGUCAAAGGGGAUCAGAGGACACAUUCAGGGAAGAGAAGUGAGUUGGCCUUGCUCUGAACCAUGGACUGGAAGACUUUUCAAGCCCUUCUCAGUGGAGUGAAUAAAUACUCCACUGCAUUUGGCCGGAUCUGGCUCUCAGUGGUUUUUGUGUUCAGGGUGAUGGUUUACGUUGUGGCGGCUGAGAAAGUUUGGGGUGAAGGGCAAAAAGAAUUUGACUGCAACACCAAGCAGCCGGGCUGUGCAAAUGUCUGCUAUGACCACUUCUUUCCUAUUUCCCACAUACGACUAUGGGCCCUGCAGCUCAUCUUUGUCACCUGUCCAUCGCUGAUGGUGGUCAUGCAUGUGAAGUACCGCGAUGAGCGUGAACGCAAGUACCGUCAGAAGCACGGUGAAAAAGCCAAGCUCUUUGACAACACAGGGAAGAAGCAUGGUGGACUGUGGUGGACAUACUUGAUAAGCCUUUUUGUCAAGACUGGCAUCGAGAUCACUUUCCUGUACAUCCUCCAUCACAUUUAUGACAGUUUCUACCUGCCACGACUCGUGAAGUGUGAAGUCCAGCCAUGUCCCAACAUUGUGGACUGUUACAUUGGUCAACCCACAGAGAAAAGAGUCUUCACUUACUUCAUGGUUGGAGCUUCAGCUCUUUGCAUAGUGCUCAGUGUCUGUGAGAUCAUCUACCUGAUUUCCAAACGUGUCAUUCAAUGUGCCAAAAUAAUUAAUAGGCACCACAGAAGCAGUACACCACGUAAUGGACGAUACCGUGAUGCAGGCAGCAACCGCACCAUUUCUUUACAUGAAUUGGACAGCAAACCCGAGUUUAAGAUGGAGUCUAAACCAGGCUUUAAGUCUGACUAUGAACCUGGGUCUAAACCUCAGUUUAAAACUCAACUCAAGCCAACAUUUAAGCCAGCGUACAGAAUGAGCGAAGACAUGAGAGCUUCUGCUCCAAAUAUCUCAGUAACCAUGUGUAAUAUACAAUCUCAUAUACUUUGAAGCACAUUUGUUUUUCUCCCAAGUGUUAACAAAAAGUCAUCUUUAGACAUAAAACAAGCCUCAAAGUCUUUAAUUGUCCAUCAAGACCUAUAAAACUGCCAAUCUUGUAUCAUUUGGCAGAAGGUUCAUGAAAUUAUAAUAUGACAGAUUCAGAAACUUUUGCCUGGAAACAGCUGGGAUUUAGUGGAGUGCCUAGUGUGGCAGAGGAGAUUUACCAGUAUUAUGAUAUCAUUGGUACCUGGGUUCAAACCCCAAGUCUUUUGAUUUCCAGCAUAGUUCUUUCAGGGUUUAACUCCAGCUCAAAUGACUGCAUAACAACCAUGAUCCUAAGAAUUAAUGGGGACCAAAUGCAUUCCUUUCUUCUGAUUCAUUUCUUAUAAAGAACAAAGGUGAAAACCCAUGAAAAAGCUCAAGUUAUCAAAGAUCCAGGAAGACUUUCAUGGAGAACACACCCUGCAUACAAAAUCCACCUCCACCUUCACACGCACACAAAAAGAUAGGAGGAAGAGUGAAGUUCUGUUGUUUGUUAAAAUAUGUAAUGAAAUGCCUCAUGGGUGUCAUUGUUUACGGGGUCUCCUGGUAUUUGUUACAAAGAUCAGAAGUUUUAUAGUUGAAGCUGUUCCUACUAUAACAGUUUGAUAAAGUUUAUAGUGAAUGUUUAUAUGCAAACACACCUGAACUCAAAUUCAUAUGCUGGAAAAAUGAGAGGUUUAUAAAAUAUAAAAUAUAAAAUA